AAUACUCAGGAAAUCCCCAAGAUGAAGUUCUUCUACGGAGCACUGCUGGUGCUGGGCACAGCAAUCGUUGCCCAGGCGGCUGUGGCCCGAUCCAACGAUGAGGCCGAGAAGGAGACCGCCCAGUCGACCAAGUACCGCCUGUUCAAGCAGCCCGUGCAGGUCGAGGCGCGCAGCUUGCAGCAGCUGUUGGCCCUGAAGCAGCCCUCCUGCCCACCGACCUCAAGCGAGAGCACCUCCUCGGAGCCCAGCUACACCACGAUUACGACCAAGCCCACUGCACCCACCUACGUGACCGGCUACACCACCACCUUCACCACCCCCGUCGACACGUCGGAGUCAUCGAGCCGUCGUCUGGGUAGCCAAAACAACGAGGACGAUGACGAGGAGUUCGGCCAGGAGGAGGAGGAGGAGAAGUAUCUCAAGGAUCACGACGAUGAGCUGGAGGACGAGCAGGAGGAUGACGAGAACGAGGACGAGGGCUUCCAGCUGUCGGCGCCCAAGGCCUCCUCAUCCUCGUCCACAUCGGUGCGCCGUCGCGGUGGCCCCGCCUCGGGCUCCGCCAACGGCAACCUGUCCACCAACGAGCUGAUGCGCGAGAUCGAGCUGCGCCGCCAGAAGGAGCUGAACGAGCAGCUGCGCAAGCAGCUGGACGACGCCCGCCGCCGCGCGGCCAGGAACCGCCGCCGCGCCCAGAACAACCGCCGCCGGACAAUGCGUCGCCAGCAGCAGCUGCGCCGCCAGCAGGCCCAGGCGAACCAGAGGCAGCGCCAGAUUCUGAACCGCCGCCACCGCAACGCCCAGCGCCGCCUGCGCCGCAACAACCGCCAGCGCCAGCGCCGCCGCAACCGUCGCCGCAACUAA